AUGUUUUAUACCAUUUUAGAUUGGAUUCUGAAAUACCCUGGGAGGUGGCAAAGCAGAAAUGAAGACAGGAGGAUGCAUCUUAUGUAUGAACAAAAAUAUCUUUGCAUUUUCUGUUGGCAGAUGGGAUCUAUUGCAAACUUUGUUCUUUUGUUUUUCAGACACUGAAUUGGACAUGAAUGGGAUGGCAUCAGAUCACAACUCUUCCUCCCAGGAAGAGUACCUCCCACACUAUCUCCAGAAGGAAGACCCUUUUGCAUCAAAGCUUUCUAGGGAAGCUGACAUUGUAGCUGGGUUUUAUUUGACAGUAAUUGGGAUUCUUUCAACCCUGGGAAAUGGGUAUGUUAUUUUCAUGUCCACAAAGCGAAAGAAGAAGUUGAGACCUGCUGAGAUAAUGACUGUUAAUUUAGCAGUGUGUGAUCUGGGAAUUUCAGUUGUAGGAAAACCUUUUAGUAUCAUUUCCUUCUUUUCUCACCGCUGGGUGUUUGGAUGGAUGGGCUGCCGCUGGUAUGGAUGGGCUGGUUUCUUCUUUGGCUGUGGAAGCCUUAUUACCAUGACAGCUGUCAGCCUGGAUAGAUACCUAAAAAUCUGCCACUUAUCUUAUGGUACCUGGCUGAAGAGACAUCAUGCAUUUAUCUGUCUGGCAAUAAUCUGGGCCUAUGCUACCUUCUGGGCCACAGUGCCUUUUGCUGGUGUGGGGAGCUAUGCCCCUGAGCCCUUUGGGACCUCCUGCACUCUGGACUGGUGGCUGGCACAAGCUUCAGUGGCUGGACAGGCUUUUAUUCUGAGUAUUCUUUUCUUUUGCCUCCUGUUCCCGACUGCGGUGAUUGUGUUUUCCUAUGUCAAAAUAAUUUUGAAAGUCAAAUCUUCCACCGAAGAAGUGGCUCACUAUGAUACCAGGAUUCAGAACAGCCACAUACUUGAAAUGAAGCUGACCAAGGUGGCAAUGUUGAUCUGCGCAGGGUUCCUCCUGGCCUGGAUCCCCUACGCCGUGGUCUCGCUGUGGUCAGCCUUUGGACAGCCGGAUUCGGUCCCCAUCCAGUUUUCAGUGGUCCCAACUUUACUUGCAAAGUCAGCAGCCAUGUACAACCCAAUUAUUUACCAGGUCAUCGACUGUAAGUUUGCCUGCUGCCGCUCGGGUGGAUUGAAGACACUGCAGAAGAAGGGCUCUUCAAAGAAAUCAAGGAUGUACACCAUAUCUGCACACAGAGACUCGACGACGAUGAAAGAAACCCAGCUGGAAGUAUGAAGGUUCAUUUCACAUGCAGCAAAUGAAGACCUG